AUGCUAUUAAAUGGAAUGUGCGAGACAACCAAAAACAUUAUAAAAUUUCCAGAAAUCACAACACCCGCCAUGAAAAUCAUCUUGGAAUUUCUAUACACCGGAGACGUGAGCACUCAUCACUUUGCCAUCAGAACCGCAAUCGACACAUUCCACGCAGCGAAUUAUUUCAUAUUACCAGACCUAGAAAAAAUGAUUUCUGAAUUCAUAAUUGACAUUUUAAAAAAAGAAAAGGAAAAAGACAAAAUUGAUUGCAUCGUGGAAUUUUUCUCAUCAAUGAUUUCGCGAUCUUGUUCUGUAGUGAUUUGUUGUGAAAUUAAAGUCUACAGGGAAAUUUGGAACGCGAUUGUCAAUACGCAAAUAUGGUUGAUUCCGUUCGAGCGGAUGACAUUUGAGAUGUUGAGAAUUUUAUUGAGUGAAACUUUUGAUUUUGAGGAUUAUUUUUUGACUACAGAGUAUGAUUUAUUUCGAUAUGUUCUUUUGUGGGCGGCACGUCGGAUUUCCCAACAAGCGUUUUUGGUAUUUUCCGAUUAUUUGCCGUUAGUUGAAACUAUUGACUAUUUUCGUGAUCAGAUUCUAAAAGGAUUCAAGAAUGAUGUUUCAUCAGAUCCCAUUAUUGCAAAAUACAGAGAUCAAAUUCAUGAGGAUAUUUCUCAAUUACUUGCAUUCAUCGAUUUACGGCGCAUUCCACCAAAAAUCAUAGCAACCGUGAUUCGUCCUCUAAAACUAAUAUCUGAUGAAAUAUGUCUAAACGCCUGCGAUUAUCACGCAAAAGCUUACUGUACCCCAAAACAACAACGUGGUUUAUACCACUACAAGUCAUUACAAUGGGAUAAGCUUGCAUGUGGUUCGAAACUGAAAAUUUAUGAAAAUUCAACGAGAGUUUCCGCGCUUGCUGAUCUCACCUUUCAUCAAUCAGUGAGAACAAAACAAGCUUUCUGGGGAGAAGGGGUUUACGAGUGGGAUGUGAUUAUUGAGGAAACGUGCUUUUAUGCUUGGGUCGGAAUAUGUGCUACUGAGUGUGUCAAUUAUGAAAAGCCACUUGGGCUUCAGCAGUACGGGUGGGUUAUUAGUUCAGGAGGUUUUUAUCAGAAUUAUGGAAGAAAAUGGGGUGACAGGUUGCCAUUUUUUGGUAAGAAUUCUAAAGUUACUGUGCAUUUAGACAUGACCAAUAGGACUUGCGCAUUCUCUAUCAAUAAUGUGAGGAUGCCUGUGGCUUUCAAUAAUUUACCGGAAAAAGUUUAUCCAGCGGUUUCGCUUGUUUGCCCCGGUCGAUUUCAUAUUUUACCACAUAAACCUUGUUAA